GUGAUUUGCCACACUGGAAAAUAAAAAAGGGAGAGAUAAAUUCCCAAGAACUCGCUAAGACCUUCUUCUUCUUCUUCUUCUUCUACUCCCCUCCUCUGGAUUUCACCUCCGAUCUCAGACCGACCCUUACCGAAAGAAGACUCCUUUACCCAAAACCCACAGUCUCCUCUCUCCCAGAUCCACUGACCCUCACUCUCUCAGUCAAACCCAGAAUGGACCUCCACCCAAAUCACAGCUCCAACUCCCCCACCUCCUCCGCCUCCUCCACCGCCACCGCCACCGCCACCGCCACCAACCCAAACCCUAACCCAAACCCCAGACCCACCACCCGCAACACCCUCUCCUCGCUCACCGCUACCGACGACGACCCAAUGCACUCCUGGUGGGAAUCCAUCUCCAAAGCCCGCUCCCGCAUCCACUCCCUCGCCACUCUCCUCCCUCCUUCUCUCUCCUCCCCUCUCUCCUCCCUCGCCGACUCCGACCGCCCCGCCCUCUCUCUCCUCUCCUCCCUCCACGCCUACUCCGCCGUGUCCGCCGUCCUCUCCUCCCCUCUCUCCGGCUCCGGAUCCGACCCCCUCUGCAACUGGCUCUACGACACUUUCCUCUCCUCCGAACCCCAUCUACGACUCGUCGUUUUCUCCUUCCUCCCUCUCCUCUCCGGCCUCUACCUCUCCAGAAUCCACUCUCUCUCCUCUGACUCUUUGACCUCUCUUCCCUCCCUCGCCGGCUUCGAGGCGGUUCUCCUCGCUCUCUACGCCGCCGAGACCAAGGCCCGGAACGGCAAGCCUGUUGUCGUUUCGAUCCCGGACCUCUCUCAGCCUUCACUCUACCACAUUCCGGCUCGGAGCCCCAAGAUGAGUAUUUCGAACUCGAAUGGCAGUAAUGUGCAAUCUAUCGGGGUUCUGUCGCCGCCGCUGGAGCCUCAGGUGGCCGUGAAGUCGACCAAACGGGCCUGCAUUGUCGGAGUUGCGCUGGACUCUUACUACAAGCACAUUUCACAGAUGCCGGCUUGGUCCAAGAUAGAGUUUUGCAGGUUCCUAACUUCUUGGGCCGGCCAAGAUUGCUCUUGUCAGAAGCAAUUCGAAUCCGGUGAUAGCCAUGGUGAGCCGGAGAUUGCUGGGUUCUCGGAGGCUGGGAGUGGUAAUGAGAAUGAGAGUGAGAUUGGGAUUGAGGAUGAUGUGGCGGAAGAAAUGGGUCAACUGAGAAUUGAGCAAAAUGGGAACGGUAAUGGUGUCAGUCAUGUGGAGGAGUCGAAGGGGGCAAGGAUUCCAUUGCCAUGGGAGCUUUUGCAGCCGGCGCUACGCAUAUUGGGGCAUUGUUUGUUGGGGCCUUUGAAUUCUCAGGAUGUUAAGGAUGCUGCUUCUGUUGCGGUGAGGAGAUUGUAUGCCAGGGCAUCUCAUGAUUUGGUGCCGCAGGCAAUUUUAGCUACUCAGAGUCUCAUUCAGCUUGAUAACAGGGGGCGUGAGGCGGCCAAGGCUGUGGCGGCUGGUGCUAAUUCUGCUUCAAAUGUUAACACGCCGAGCAAAGCUAAGAAACCUGAAAUCCUUUUGGUCUCAAAGUAAUGUGAGUAAUGAUUUGGUUUAUAUGGUUUUUGGAUUGCAAGUAAUGGAUGUUGUAUAGGAUAUAGCUACUUAUCCAACAGUUGAAAAACAGUUCCUAUAUGUUUAUGGUGUAUCUGUCAGAUUAGUGUUUGUGCUCGUAGGUGCUAGGGAAGUGACGGAUAUUAUUCGAUUAAAGGUUUGCUUAUGAUUAUCCACCCAACUUGCUUGAGCAAUUACUGGUUUUCUUUGGACUUUACCAUUCUGCAUUAGUACUUAUAUGCAGUAUGCUAUUUGUUGGGAUCGCACUCUGAUCAAUUUGAUUUUGUACCGCAUUGUAAGGCAUAGUGCUGUUUUGACAAAUGAAUGUAGUUGUCAUUAACUCC